AUGGCGAUUAGCGCGGUUUCUGAUGCGGUAAAGUGUAGAAUGCUUCCCUCCACUUUCCGAGGCGCAGCAAUGACUUGGUUUAUGGCCCUGCCACAGGGAUCCAUAAAGAAGUUCCGCGACUUCGCGUCGAAAUUCCUGAGCCAUUUCUCUGCCAGCGAGGUCGAGCAUCUGUUUCAGAUUUGGCAAGAGGUGCGAGAGACGUUGAAGCAGUACGUGGAACGGUACAGCACCGCAUCCGCGAGAUUUGAGGAGGCUGAGCCUCGAACAUGCGUAUGCGCUUUUAGGAGCGGAUUGUCGUCAAGAAAGUUGAGCUGCGAGCUGAGUAGGAAACCACCGCGCUCGAUGACGGAGGUACGUGCCAGAGCGAGAGACUACAUCAUAGAAGAGGAAAAUGAGGCGCGUGAGAGGAAACGGCUGAGGGCAGCAAAGGUGUCGCUGGCGAGGAAGCGGAUACAGGAGAAAGAGGCAAGUAAUGUGCGAAAGGUUAAGGAAGUUGGCCAAUUAAUUUAG